AUGGCAUUCAGGACACGAUCAGGGGCGCUGCUCCGAUGGCGAACUAGCGCUCGGUCCCGAACGAUAGGCGGUUUUCGCGGAUUGGCUUCGGUUUCUGACUCUGCGCGACCCUAUGAUGUCGUUGUUAUCGGAGGCGGUCAUGCCGGAGCUGAGGCCUGUGCUGCAGCGGCUCGCUCAGGCGCCCGCACCGCAUUGAUCACACCCUCGCUCUCGAACAUCGGAGUGUGUUCGUGUAAUCCGAGUUUUGGAGGAAUUGGGAAGGGCACCAUGAUCAAGGAGAUAGAUGCGAUGGACGGAGUCGCGGGUCGGAUCGUCGACAAAGCGGGAGUUAUGUUUAUGGUCCUCAACCGGUCCAAAGGUCCGGCAGUCUGGGGUCCUCGCGCCCAGAUCGACCGAGAACUAUACAAAAACUACAUGCGUGAAGAACUGCUCUCGACAGAAAACCUGAGCGUCGUGGAGGGAAAGGUUGCGGAUAUUGUGAUUUCGAAGGAGGACGUUGGGACUGGACCUGCUGCGCCGGCGGGCAAGAUCGUUGGAGUUCGAUUGGAGACAGGCGAAGUGAUACCGACCGGUCGUGUCGUGAUUACUACAGGAACAUUUUUGGGAGGUGAAAUUCAUAUAGGACUCAAGGCCUAUCCCUCCGGGCGAAUCGGCGAGGCCGCUACGUUUGGGCUGAGCAAGUCGCUCCGCGAAGCGGGUUUCCAGCUGGGCCGAUUGAAGACCGGAACGCCGCCUCGGUUGGAUAAGAAGACGAUCGACUUUUCGGUGUUGGACGUACAGAAGGGUGAUUCGCCGCCUAUGCCGUUUUCGUACCUCGACAAACGGGUACAAGUGAACGAGGAAGACCAGCUUAACAGCUACUUGACAUAUACCAACAAUGCCUCUCACGACGUUGUUCGCGCUAACUUGGAUAAAUCCGUGCAUAUUCGUGAGACCGUAAAAGGUCCAAGAUACUGUCCUUCGCUGGAGUCCAAGGUUAUCCGUUUCAAGGAAAAGACACAGCACCUGAUUUGGCUGGAACCGGAAGGCUUUGCCCCGAACGAGGUCAUUUACCCCAACGGGAUCUCAAUGACCAUCCCCGAGGACGCCCAGUUCGAACUAUUGAGGACGAUCCGCGGACUCGAGAACGUGAAGAUGCUCCAGCCCGGCUACGGUGUGGAGUACGACUACAUUGACCCGCGCAACCUGUGGCCAACGCUUGAGACAAAAUUGAUCAGCGGUCUCUAUCUAGCCGGACAGAUCAACGGCACUACAGGCUACGAAGAAGCCGCCGGACAAGGAAUUAUCGCCGGUGCCAAUGCCGGCCUCUCAGCACAGGGCCGAGAUCCUAUCACCCUCACCCGUUCCGACGGCUACAUCGGAAUCAUGAUCGACGACCUCAUCACCAAGGGCGUCUCAGAACCAUACCGCAUGUUCACCGCACGCAGCGAGUUCCGCCUCUCAGCACGAGCCGACAACGCAGAUCUCCGCCUCACCCGCCUCGCUCACUGCGCCGGCAUCGUAGGCAAGAAGCGCUGGUCCCACUUCAGCGACACAGAAGCCCAGAUCAAAGAACUGCAAAGCCUCCUCCUCAACACCAAGCUCUCCGCCACUGCCUGGUCGCGUAAGGGUCUAAAGGUCCGUCUCGACGGCACCUUCCGAUCCGCGCACGAGCUCCUUUCCUUCCCCUCUAUCAAGCUCGACGACCUGAUUCCCCACAUUGAGUCCUCCACAGGCACGGUCUACACGGCAUCCUCGUUCGCGCCGGAAAUCCGCGACCGCGUCGUCGUCGAGGCCCAGUACGCGCCCUACGUGGCCAGACAGGACCACUCUGCCCUAAGAUCCCAGAAGUACGAGCAUUUCCGCAUUCCGUUGGACCUGGAUUACACCGCCAUACAUGGGAUUAGCACGGAGGAGCGGCAAGCGCUGGAGCGCGUCCGGCCCGCGAACUUUGGGCAAGCGAAGCGCAUUGAGGGCGUCACUCCCGCCGGGACUAUGCACCUCCUUCUACACCUGAGGCGGAAGAUGAAGAAGCAAGUUGCGCCCGAGGUCGAGGGAGAGAUCGACACUGCUGAGUUAGAGAAGACGCCUGAUGACAUCUCCACUUGA